AUGAAUCCUUACCAUCAGAUGGCAUCCCUUUAUCAUAUAAACGAUGCUAACAAUAAAACUAAUUUGUUCAUUUAUGACACUGAAACCCAUAUAGAAGAAUCAAAAAUACUAGAAACUCCAGAGCUUUUAGAUUAUAACACAUGUAUAGCUCAACUUCCAGAUGGUGAGUUAUUCUGUUUUGGCAAUAGCCAGCUUUCUGGAAUAACCUUAAAAAUUUCUAGCGAUUUCCAAGUUCAAGCGUUGCCUUCUGGGCAGCCUGUCUCACUCUCAUCAGCAAUCUAUUUCAACAGAUCUGUCUAUUGUUUUGGAGGAUCCAACGGGAAAAAAGCUUUAAAAUUGUCAGAAAGAUUUGAUUUGGACCAAAAUUGUUGAAUUAAAUUAACUCCGAUGCCAAGAGCUGAUGAUGGCUGUCAUUUGGUUAUAUUUAAACAAAUUUUUUUGAUUUCUAGAUAUAGAGAUAGUAAUCUUUUGCUGUAUUCAAUUGAAAAUGACUCUUUCAAUACAAUUCCUUAUGAAUUUGCAGAGCGGAAAAGAAAGAUUCUGAUAAAUGCAGAAAGACUAUAUUUGAUUGAGUGUGGGAAUGGGAAGAUCUAUGAGAGUGGAUUGGGAGAUGAAUAUACUUGGAAACAGAUUGCGAGUUCAAUAAUUGAGUUCAAAUUUCCUUCUCAGGCUUAUUGUGUAUAUAACAAAGGAGGAGUUUAUAUCGCAAAUAGCUCGAAUAAGAGAUAUUAUAAGUUUGAUUUGCAUCAAAAACUUAUGAUUGAAAUAUAA